UCAUUUUAAAUGUUUUUGUUACCAAAGCAACAUGACAGCUCCAUCAAAUUAUAAACAAAUGAUUCAAGAAACCAAAAAACUAAAAACUAGUUAAACCAACAAGAAAGUAACCUACCUACCCACAAUUCAGAAAGAAAAUGUUAAAUUAAAUAAAUAAAUACAUUUUUUGAAUUUGUGCUAUUAAAAAAUGAGGGGUGUUCUUAAGUGGGUUGAAAAAAUUAACUUACCCAAUUCUAAAGAUGAUGAUAUUAGUGUACAUGCAGUAUGUUAUCAUCCGGAAGGUCAUCACUUAGUUGUGGCAGCUGGGGAUCGGGUUUUAAUUUACGAUCCAAUUGAUGGAAGUGUUUUGAAUACACUUAAAGCUCACAAGGACACUGUACAUUGUAUUGCCUAUGCCAAAGAUGGGAAGAAAUUCGCUACUGGUGGUGCAGAUAAAUCGGUUAUUAUAUGGACUAAUAAGCUGGAGGGUCUUUUGAAGUAUUCACAUGGUGACGCCAUUCAAUGCCUUUCAUUUAACCCUGUGUCUCAUCAUUUGGCUUCAUGUUCCACUUCCGACUUCGCUUAUUGGUCAUCAGAACAAAAGGCGGUUCAGAAAAAUAAAGUUUCUUAUCGAAUAAAUUCCUGCGCGUGGACAAACGAUGGACAAUAUUUAGUUCUCGGUCUAAGCAAUGGAACCAUAUCAAUUCGGAAUAAGUCUGGAGAAGAAAAAUCUCGUAUUGAACGUCCUGGAGGCUCAAGCAGUGCCAUAUUUGGUGUUCAAUGUAGUCCAGCAGCGAAUUCGAGCAGCAUAGACACAAUUGCUGUUGCAGAUUGGAAUCAAACUCUGUCGUUUCACACUCUUGGGGGUCAGAUGAUUGGCAAAGAACGUGCCCUGGGAUUUGAUCCGCUCUGUCUGACAUAUUUCCCAAAUGGAGAAAAUCUCAUUGUGAGUGGGUGUUGUCGCUCGUUGCAGAUAUUUACAAAAGAAGGCAUUCGAUUGGGAACUCUAGGAGAUGCAUUUGAUUCGUGGAUCUGGUCGGUGGCCCUGCAUCCUAGUGGAUUCGCUUAUGCAGUUGGAUGUCAAGAUGGAACUUUGGCAUGCUAUAGCAUAGCAUCGAGUACAGUUCAUGCUUUGUAUCGUGAUCGAUAUGCAUUCCGUGAAAAUAUGUGCGACGUGAUAAUACAACAUUUGAUAUCAAAUUCAAAAGUUCGCAUCAAAUGCCGAGACCUGGUGCAGAAAAUAGCCAUCUAUAGAAAUCGCUUGGCUGUGCAAUUACCGGAACGAAUUGUUCUUUACGAAUUGAGUUCGGCAGAGGAUCAACCGAUGCACUAUAAGGUUAAAGAAAAGAUCCAAAAACGAUUUGAGUGUAGUCUUUUGGUGGUUUGUGCUCGUCAUAUAGUUUUGUGCCAGGAAAAACGAUUGCAAAGUCUUGAUUUUGAAGGGGUUCUCCAGCGAGAGUGGCUUAUGGACAGUUUUAUUAGGUAUAUCAAAGUAACUGGUGGUCCUGUUGGAAGAGAGGGUCUUGUUAUUGGUCUAAAAAGUGGACAGGUGUUUAGAAUAUUCCUUGACAAUGCUCUGCCAAUCUUGAUAACAACUGUUAUGUCAGCAGUGCGAUGCUUAGAUUUGAAUGCUGCACGUAGUCGCAUUGCCGUUGUGGACGAUGCUGGGAGAUUGGUUGUGCGAGAUGUGGUCAAUGACACAAUGCUUUACCAGGAUUCUGGCGUCAAUUCUGUUGCAUGGAAUACCCACUUAGAUACAAUGCUCUGUUACACUCAUACCACAGGAGGCUUAAGUGUUCGAGUCGGAAAUUUACCACCUCGUAGUCCACAGAAUAUGAUCGGUGUUGUUGUUGGAUUGUGUGGAGCAACAGCAUUUUGUUUGCGUGGUAAUUUAAUGCACAACAUUCCAUUGGCUUUAGGCGCAACCAUGUGGCAGUUUAUUGAGGCUGGAUUUUUCGAUGAGGCGUAUCAAGUUGCAUGCCUGGGGGUAACUACAGCCGAUUGGGAGAGUUUGGCUCAGGCAGCUCUAGAAUCUCUUCACCUCAACAUUGCAAAAGAUGCUUAUGUUAAAGUGCGAAAUCUUCCCUGGUUGCAAUUGAUUCAUAGUUUAAUGGAGAAACAAAAGCGUUCUGAGGUUCCCAAAGAAGUCUUACAGGCGGAGAAUUUUGCUUUUGCCGGAAAAUUCCGAGAAGCUGCUCGACUUUAUCAGAAGUGUGGGCAAAAUGAUCGUGCUUUAAUUAUGUACAGUGACCUGAGAAUGUUCGACUUAGCGCAAGAGUAUCUCAAAGACGGGGACGAAGAAGCGAAACGAGAAUUAAUACGUAAACGCGCUGAAUGGGCUUGUUCAGUACACGAACCAAGGGCUGCAGCAGAGUUACUUUUAUCGGCUGGAGAAAAUGAUAGAGCCAUUGAGAUUGUAUCACAACAGGGAUGGGCAGAUGUGCUUUACGAUAUUGGACGGCGAUUGAGUUUGAAUGAAAGGAGCUCCUUAGAGCUAGUGGCAUCACAUUUAAAACGUCUGAAAGCUCUACCUUUAGCCGCUGAAGUUUACAAGAAAUUAGGCGAUGAAUCACAAGUCAUUCAAUUGCAUGUCGAAGCCAGAGAUUGGUAUGAAGCAUUUCGAUUGGCUGAAAACGUACCUGAAAUUUUACCAUCUGUGCAUUUUCAACAUGCACAAUGGCUAGCUGAGUCCGAUCAAUUUAUAGAAGCUCAUGAGGCCUACCUCAAAGCUGGUAGAAGUAAGGAUGCAAAUCGACUUCUGAAAAGUCUGAGUUCUUCGGCUAUUGCAGAAGAGCGUUUUUUGGAUGCUAGCUAUUUCAAUUGGCUAAUGGCAAAGCAGCUUUUAGAUACAUACAUUUCAAAAGCGGAACAAUCUCCAAUGGAUCAUGAUUAUAAAGAGUACAAAAAUAAUUUGCGUAUUGCAAAAAUUUACUUUGCCUACAGCAUUAUACACAGUUACCUUAAAGAACCAUUUACAAGUUAUUCGCCGGUUAGCUUAUUUAAUGUCAGUCGAUACAUUGUCAAUGAAAUAGAACACAAGGGGGCUCCAAAGGGCAUAAGUAUGUUUGCACUCUAUUAUACACUCUCGAAGCAAGCAAAACUUUUGGAUGCCAACAAACUAUGUCUACAGGUUAACAAAAAGCUUCAAACCCUUAAACCUCCUGCAGGAAUUCAGGAGCAGAUUGAUAUCAACUAUUUAAGUAGUAAAGCUUGCAAAGGAGGAUUCAACGAUCCUGAGGAACUGCUGCCACUUUGCUACAAGUGUUCCAAUUAUAGUGCUCAUUUAAAUGGCAACAGUUGUGCAUCUUGCAAACAAGAUUACAUAUUUUCCUUUGUGUCUUUUGAAAUACUACCAUUAGUUCAAUUUAAUCCGGAGAUAGAUAUAAUGGACAUCGAAGCUGAAAGGCUUCUUAUAGCUCCACCAAAAUCACCCGAUGAUAUUGAUCCUUUUUCUGAAGAUGUUGCUGGUGCCUUACCUUUAAGCCUUGAUCGAAAUGCUCUUAGAGCAAUGGAUCCAAAUCAUAUUCUAAUUGUUAAACGACGAGAAAAACAAAUGAAGAAUAUUUAUUAUAGAAAUAUUUUACCGGAUUUACAAGUAACAUUUUGUCCAGAAUGUUUAUUGCUAUUUUAUGCUGAGGAUUUUGAAUUGCAAGUUCUACAAAAGGGUCAUUGUCCAUUUUGCCGCACACCAUCCGAGAAGCUUUUUGAAAGUUAUUAGAUUUUGUUUUUUGUUUGUUAGGUAAAGUUUAUGUAUAUUUUUCUAUUUAAAAAUUUGGUAAUAAACAAAAAUGAAACAUGUGUGCACAACUGAA